AUGCAUACAAUUGCAACUGCUCACGGUGAGUUUGUUACGACUAAUAGGCAUUGGUUGAAGAAGGAAGACGAGAUUUUUUCCGACAUAACUUGUCGUGCAAUGGCAUUUCGACUUCUACGAAUCAAGGGAUAUGAUGUCUCGUCAGAUGAAUUUGCGGAAUUUGUUGACCAAGAACAUUUCUUCGAUACGGUUAGCAUACAAUACGGUUGCGGUGUAAGUACAGUGCUCGAGCUUUACAGAGCUUCACAGGCAAGAAUAUGUGACGAAGGCGUACUCAACAAAAUUCAUGCAUGGACUAGUCAAUUUCUGAAGCAGCAGUUGCUAAACCAAACCAUUCUCGACAAACGAUUACAGAAGCAGGUGGAUUACGAUUUGAAGAACUUUUACGGCACACUAGAUCAAUUUGGAAUCAGACGAAGCAUUGAGCUAUACGAUGCUCGGUGCCCCACAGUUCAUAACGACGACUUUCUUCUGUUUUCGGUGCAAAAUUUCAGAAUCUCCCAAUCUCGAUACCAACAAGAACUUCAACAAAUGGAGAGGUAA